GUGGAGCUUGAAGCUGGGCAUGCUGGGAGCCAUGCAGAGGGCUGGGGCCGGGGCCCGAAGGGCCUCCGACUGUGGGCCUGCACCUUACCGGCCCAGGUGCAUUGCCAAGUUUGCCCAGUACGUGGGAUCCUUUCCUGUGGACGAUUUGGACACUCAGGAGAGCGUGUGCCUCGUACAACAGCAGUUGUGGGCCCUGCAGGACUGUUCCCGACGCCGGGCUGUCAUCCUGAAAUUCAGUCUUCAGGGUCUCAAGAUCUACAGUGGGGAGGGCGAGGUGCUCCUAAUGGCCCAUGCUCUGAAGCGUAUCCUCUACGCCACCUGGUACCCAGCCGCCUGCCAGUUUGCCUUUGUCGCCCGGAACCCGCGCAGCCCAGCCAGCAAGCUCUUCUGCCAUCUCUUUGUCGGGAGCCAGCCUGGAGAGGUCCACAUCCUGUAUCUGCUGCUCUGCCGUUCCUUCCAGCUUGCUUACCUCUUGCAGCACCCUGAGGAGAGGGCACAGCCUGAAUCCUGCCUGGCGCCUGUAGGGGACAUGUCCCCGAAGCCACUCUGCAGCCCUGGGGUAACCCCUGCAUUAGUGCGGAAGCCCUUCAGCCGGGAUCAGCUGUCACAGAAUGUCCAUGCCCUGGUCUCCUUCCGGCAGCUUCCUGCAGAAGGGCUACUGGGUAGUAAUGGGAAGGAGCUGCCAGAGUCAGAGGGCCGUGGGGGCACCCGUCACACUCGCCUGGGGAACCCCUACUGCUCACCCACACUGGUGCGCAAGAAGGCCAUUCGCAGCAAGGUGAUCCGCUCUGGGGCCUACCGAGGCUGCACCUAUGAGACACAGCUGCAGCUGUCAGCCCGGGAAGCCUUUCCUGCUGCAUGGGAGGCGUGGCCCCGUGGCCCUGGUGGCCCCUCAUGCCUGGUGGAGAAUGAGGGAAGUCUGACAGAGAACAUCUGGGCCUUUGCUGGCCUUUCCAGGUCCUGUGCUCUUGCCCUGCUGCGGAGAGAUGUGCAUGGCGCCUUCCUGCUGUGGCCGGAGCCGGGUGCCAGUGACCAAUGGAGCCUGUGUGUACGGACCCAGUGUGGCGUGGUGCCUCACCAGGUCUUCAGAAACCACCUAGGCCGGUACUGCUUAGAGCACCUGCCAGCAGAGUUCCCCAGCCUGGAGGCCCUGGUGGAGAGCCACGCGGGGGUGGAGCGUAGCCUCUUCUGCCCGCUCAGCAUGGGUCGUCUCAACCCUACCUAUGAAGAGCAGGACCGUGGUCCCGAGGGCAGGUUCCCACGGACUCUGCGGCCCCUCAGCCAUGCCAAGUCUGAAGCAGAACUGCAAGGCCUGGGCUAGGAUGCAACAAGCUUUCAGUCCCCUGCGGGCCCAGCCUUGCCUUGACCCCACCCUGGGCAGCCGGGGUCAUUCUGCCCUUCUUGCACCCCACCCACUGGUCACCAGCUCCACACAGGUCAGUCUGUCCCUUGAUUGGUCUUCCAUCACUUCACUGCCCUGGGAGAGGAGCCCUGAGGUUAGAGUUCUCCCAGGACCUGGGGCCAGCUGAGACACCCGGAUGAACAGGUAGAGCCAGGGGGCUGGUAACCCUAGGUGACUUUGGGGAGUAGCCAUUGCCAGAUUCCUACUGUUGUCCUUGUGUCAAGGCUUUCCCAGCCGUUCUGGAUGUGGGUACAACCCCUGCUGGAGAAGGCUGAGCCUCUGCUGGGUGAGGAAGCCCAGAACACUCCCCACAGGGAACCAGACGCUUAGGGAGUUGCUGGUUUGCACCUUAGCUCAUUUCCUGGAGUCACUUUGAGUGGGACUAGCAGUGGGCAAACCGCAUUCAGGUUGGUGGCUGCUUUAGGAAGCCACCUCGUGCUGGUAUUUCCAUUACCACAGUGCCGACGACCGUCAGUUGGGCAUGGCUAGUACUGGUCACCUCUGCCCUAUUUGUGGUGGGGAACUAGGAUUAAUGCAAGCCCCAUGGGGGCGGGGGGAGGUGACAUUAGCAAGGAGCAGUCCAGGGACAUUCUACAGGGAGGCAGUGGUCCAGCCAGGGGAUGACAAAUUCAAGUGUCCCUUAAAUCAGCUCCGCAGAAUAUAUGAAUCUACUCCAAAGAACAGACGUUUUGGUGGCGGUGGUGGUGCAUGCCUUUAAUCCCAGUCUUUAGAAGGCAGAGGCAGGCAGAUCUCUAGGAGUUUGAGGCCAGCCUGGUCUACAGAGCAAGUUCUAAGACAGCCAGGGCUACUCUGAGAAACCGUGCCUCAAAAAAUAAAAUAAAUAACAGCAACAAGACAGAUUACCUUUGGAAGCAGAGGUGUGGGCAGGGGAGGGGAUGUCCUUGUUUAGUGCCUUGGAUACCACAGGUUUCAGUGGAAGUCACAGGUUUUGGGUUUUGGAUCCCUUGGGAAAGAGGUCGCCUGUAUUGAACAGAGAGGGGACA